AUGAAUAAUAAACUUAUUGAAAACGACGUAGAAGAGUGGUUAGCCAUGGAUAUUCCUGACAAUCACAUACUAUCUGAGGACGAAUACGACUUAGAUGAAGAUCAAAUGGACGAAGAAGCCCCAAACCAGGUAGAAAUAAUUGAUCGUUUAUUUUUACCAACUGGCCAGGACAUAGAAAGUAGUAGUAAGGAUUUAGAAUUAUUAGAAAACAAUGAUGACAUGCUAGUUUUUGAUUUCCCUGAGUUCUCUAAUGAUAAUAAUGACGUUCCUACUAAUGCUGAUAAUCCUAGUCUUAUGAGAAUUUUAAGACCAAGAACUUCUACUACACUUAUAGAAAAUAAUGUUCAAAAUAACCCGAUAGUUAUUGUUCCUAAUUUACCGGUAACUCCAGACCCAGUACUUCAAACUGAAAUAAAUCGACAGUGGAGAAAGAAAGACGAAACCACUAUUGAGUUACCGUUAUAUAAUGAAAAUAAAAGCUGUAAUGUAGAGAUGUUCAAGAAUUGUAAAAGUGCGACAGAUAUUUUUGUAAAACUUCUAAAUCCAAUUAUUGAUCAUAUAGUUGAUCAAAGUAAUUUAUAUGCAACACAAAAUAACAAAACACUUAAGUUAUCUGCAGAUGAAUUAAUGGGCUUUAUCGGAAUUAACUUUUGCAUGGGAUAUCAUAAGUUACCAUCUUAUAUACACUACUGGAGUACUGCAAAAGACCUACAUUUACAAGUAAUUUCCGAAGUUAUGAUCAGAGAUAGAUUUAGUGAAAUUUUAUCAAAUAUUCAUGUAAAUGAUAAUACCGCGAUUCCAGCAAAUAAUAAAGAUAAACUUUACAAGUUACGUCCAAUGAUAGAUUUGUUAAAUAAAACAUUUUCUGAAGCAUAUAAUGGAACACGCGAGCUCAGUGUGGACGAGUCAAUGAUAAAGUUUAAAGGACGUGUAUGGGUACGUAAUAUGGUUAUUGCGUAA